AUGCGUUCAUCUGGGCUAUCACUCUUGGUCGGUGCCCUUUUGGCAUCUGCCAGCCCUCUCAAAACUUCAAGAUACGCCUGCCAAACAGCCCUCAGCUGCCCUGAAGGAACAAUUCUUGUCUCCAAGACUGACCCCUCCGCUCAUUUCACCUCCGUGCAAGACGCUAUUCUCUCCCUUCCCAACGACAACACCACUCAGACUAUCCUCAUCCUCCCCGGAACGUACAAGGAGCAAGUAAAUGUUACUCGGUCCGGGCCUGUUACGCUCCUCGGACAGACUGAUGAUCCUAACAACGCUACCAAAAACAAAGUCACUCUUACCUGGGCCCAAGCGAACCAUGACAAUACCGGCCAGGCAGUGGAUAAUGUCUUCUCGAGCGUCCUGACCGUCGCGCCCACGCUGGAAUCAAGCUACACGGGAUCAGGCACGACAGGGUAUCCCGUGCCAGAGGAUACACCGUUCGGCAAUAUCGAUUUCCGGGCAUACAAUAUUGAUUUCACGAAUACAUGGCGAGACUACUCCGAUGGACCGGCGCAUGCGAUCAGCUUCAGUCGCGCCAAUGGCGGGUUCUACCACUGCGGAUUCUAUUCUUACCAGGACACUGUUUACGUGGGCAAACUCGGAAACGCAUACUUCCAUAAAAGCAUCAUCGCCGGCCAAACAGACUUUGUUUACGGUUUCGGCACCGCCUGGAUCCAAUCGUCUGAGAUUCUUCUGCGCAACUGCGGCGGCGGUAUCACAGCUUGGAAAGGAACUAACACUACCUUCACCAACAACUACGGCGUGUACAUCGUCGAUUCUACCGUCAAGGCAGCCAAUGCAUCCAUAGCCCCUGAGAUCCGGGGUAAAUGCGCCCUAGGUCGUCCCUGGAAUAGCCAGCACCGGUCCAUAUUCGCGCGCACCUCCGAAGACGCGAGUAUCAUUCCGGCUGGGUACAUUGACUGGAUCGUUGAUGGCGAGGGGCGCUUGAACAAGGACACCGUCAUGGCCGAGUACAAGGCUUCCGGGCCAGGAUUCAACGCCACAGGACGAGAAGACGGAAACGUCACGAUAGUAAUGGACGACAAGGAGUACGCAAGAUACAGCUCCCCAGCAAGAGUCUUCCAGUACCCAGACGGUAGAUUCGGAAAUAUCGGCUGGAUCGACCUGAGUGUGGACAAGAACUGA